AUGUUCGCAGCAGCGACGAAGAAUUUCGUGAAGCAGGUGGGGGACACUGGUCGACUGGUUCAUGUCCCGAGCCUCAGCGAGGCGGAUCGAUAUCAACCCCUCAGUCUGGUGACCAAGAAGAGAAAACGACAUUUCUGGAAGAAGACUAAAUACACCUCAAGCCCUUUCUCACUGAAAGACAUACUCGUGGGAGAGAAAGAGAUCACGGCAGGGGUCUCGUCGUAUCAGCUCCUCAACUAUGAAGACAAGUCUGAUGUAUCCCUCACCGGGCGUCUGAGCAACCAUCUGAAACACGAUGUGGGCGUCAACAUAAGCGGUUCAGAUUCAGUGGCGGUGAAAGCCUCUUUUGGAAUCGUGACCAAACAUGAGGUGGAGGUUCCCACAUUACUGAGAGAACUCAACUCAAGGAAAGUUGAUCUGGAUCACUGUUUGAUCCGUCAGUCCAGAGAAAGCGGUCGUGUCGUGUUGUGUGUGGUCAUGGAGAGCAUCCGCACCACGCGCCAAUGUUCUCUCACGGUUCACGCUGGAAUGCGUGGAACCACCAUGAGGUUUCAGAUAGAUGACGGUCGAAACCCUAAAGGUCGAGACAAAGCCAUUGUUAUUCCGGCUCACACCACUAUAGCGUACAGCGUGUUUGAGCUUUACGUGCGUCUGGACGGUCGUCUCGAUAUAUGUGUAGUGCCAGAGUCAGUGGGAGGGUUCGAGAAAGAACAGAUCCGCGAGCAGCUCGGAGGAUUCAUCGGACGCUUUUCCGUGGGGAGACUCAGGAGAUUCCUGUCGGGAAUCAUCUACGGGAAUCCAUUCAGAGCAGACGACAGAACGUUUGAGGAGCUCACACACUCUGACAUGUACAUGGAUGAUGUGGUGACGGAUUAUUACGAGAAGGCCGCCAGCAUGACCGACCUGUCCACGGGUUACCUGAGGGACGACAAGCACACGCGUGUGAAUCUGCUGAAUCAUAACAUAGCUAAAGGUCCGUGUGCUCUGUGUGGGAUGGGUCAGCAGAGACGUGAGACUGUCUACGGAUGUCAGGAAUGCUCCUCGGGCGGAAACAAAUACGUCCGUCUGCACGCCGUGCCGUGUUUUGACCUCUGGCACAAAACUCUGAGGUGA